AAGGGAAUUCAAAUCUACAUUGUUCCCAAAUAGGUGAUGUGACAAAACUUGACCAAAUGGGCAAGUAAACGUGAACAACGAUUAAGCAGUAAAGAUUUCAACGAUGAUAAAAUUAGCCAAUAGGAUUUAUCUGUUUUAUUCUUAUUGGCGGCUGCUAAGCAACGUCUGAUAGAAAAACACAAAUAAGUAGUCUAACUCAAUGCAAGCAUUAAGCAAGCGUAGUGUAUUGAAUAUUUUGUUGCGUUUGACAAGUGAAAAAAUAUAAACAAAUCGUCUAAAUUAUGAAAUACAGGUUCUUCGAUUAUUUCUUUCAAAACUUUAUAGCACCAAAAGUAUAUUAAUGGCUCAGAUUAAUAAUAAUUAUUUAUUAUGAGUUCAUUUAAAUUUCUUUAACUCCAAAGUCUUGCAGCAGCAAAACAUGGAUCGACCCAAAAAACGCAAAUUUCUACUUAUUGAAGAGUGCUACGGCAAAAAACUUACUGAUGACAAUCGCCCUAAUUUAUUGUUCAAUAAGUUAGCACUGGAGACGGAGGUUCAACUCGUACCCGGGAGCAUAUUACAGGAAAUAAAAUCUGAACCAGGCUCUUCCUCAAUUUGUGUCCAGUCUUUAGAUCAUGAUAAUGUAUAUAUGCUUUGCAACGAUAGUGAUGUUCAUGAAUUAACUCCUUUUGAAGCCGAGAUUUUAGUUCCCGUUUCUCCCGUAAGAGACCGCCUCCGUGUUCUUGGUGAUGAACAGUGGCUCAAAGAAGCUGCCAUGAUUGUUGAAGGUAGUAAUGUCAAUGUGGAUUUGGGAGCUGAUCUUGAUCCUGUGGAAGGAAUCGUUCGAUUCUGUGGAAAUGUUCCUGAAUUGGGAAAAGGGAUCUUAUAUGGUGUGGAGUUAUUGGUUCAUCCAGAACAUGGCGUGUGUGAUGGGAGCAUCAAAGGUAAACGAUACUUCCAGUGUGCCAGCAAUAAUGCAAUAUUUGUGGGAAUCAAUCGUUUGCGUCUUCAUCUGAGGGGCUAUAAAUACACUCAGAGCGAAACUACUCUUGACUAUAGGGAUGGUUCAGGAGGUGCCUUACCGUCCAGUAAACCCCAUCCUCUGUCUUUAGAGGCUGCCUGUGCAGAUGGUACCCCUCCUCCUCCCCUACAGAUAGGCAACAGGGUGGUCUGGAUCAGCGAUACUGGACCGGAAUACGGUGAAGUGAAAUGGCUGGGUAAACUAUUGGAUGUGGGCAACGACUGGAUGGUCGGAGUGGAAUUUGAUAAUGCCGUGGGUACUGGUACAGGCAAGUACAAUGAUCACCAAUUGUUUGAGGCUAAACUGAACCAUGCUUCUUUGGUACCAAUCAUUGGAUUAAUGAAAGCCGAUGAUUUCUUAGGAGGUACCAAUUUUGGCUCCUUGCCUUGUCGAAAAAAGAAGAUCGGAGAAUCCUCCUCACUUGUGGUAGAAAGAUCCCUUGGUGAAGAAUGCACAAAUGGAAGGGUUAAUCUAAUCAACAGCAGCCCAUCAGCAGGAAGCAAACGAAUACCGGUUAAUUCUGAAGAGAAGUCUUGCCUGAGUCCAGACCUACUGCAUACUCACUUGGAGGAUGACAACAGCACUACUGUAUCCACUGUUAAUCCCCUCUAUGAAAUGCUAACAGAAAAAGGAGGAAUGGAGCGAAAGAGUUAUAUGUCUCACCAUUCCAUUUCUGAUUUGGAAGUGGGUUCAGUUGUAGAAGUAAUGAUCAACAACAGCCCAUGCUACGGUGUCAUUCGAUGGAUCGGGGAGAUUCCGGAAGCGAGGGGAAAACUCGUAGCUGGAAUUGAAAUGGAAGAAGAGAGCUCGAGUUGCACUGAUGGUACAUUUAAUGGCAAAAGAUAUUUCACAUGUCCACCCAGAAAAGCAUUUUUUGUUCGCCUAACUCAUUGCAAAAAAGAUAGUCGAUUCCUUGAAUCAGAAAAAAGAAGAAGUGCAGUGUUUGGCAGUAUAGACUGUCCUUCAGUUACUGGUGAUGUGCCUCCCUUAUCCAGUCCUGAGGACAUGAAGUUAUUGUAUGGUAAAAACCGUGGGAUCCAAGGUCACCACAACUCUUGUUACCUGGAUGCCACAUUGUUUGCAAUGUUCUCCUGUACUGGGGUCUUUGAUUCCAUACUUCACAGGCCCAAGAAUAUUGACGACAUUGCGGAGUAUGAUGAAGUACAAAGAAUUCUAAAGGAAGAAAUUGUGAAUCCACUCCGUGCGAAUUUCUAUGUUCGGGCUGAUCGAGUGAUGGAGCUGCGUAAGAGGCUCGAAAGGCUGAGCUCUGUUCGUGGUUUAACUUCGGAAGAGAAAGAUCCGGAAGAGUUUCUGAAUUCGCUGUUGAAUCAAAUAUUGAAAGCAGAGCCUUUCCUUAAAUUAAGCUCUGGACAGGAAUCUUACUUUUAUCAGUUAUUUGUAGAAAAAGAUGAGAAAUUAGUGUUACCUACAGUACAACAGUUAUUCGAUCAAUCAUUUUUAGCGUCUGAUAUCAAACUUACAGAGGUCCCAUCCUGUUUACUUAUACAAAUGCCUAGAUUUGGAAAACAAUUUAAAAUGUAUCCUAGAAUCAUUCCAAGCCAGUAUCUGGAUAUCACAGAUGUUCUGGAUGACUCUCCUCGCCAAUGUAGUAUAUGUGGUCAAGUGGCAGAAUUUGAAUGCAAAGAAUGCUACGGUCAAUUUGGUGAAGGUUUGGACAGCAUUGCCUUUUGCCAAAAGUGCAUGGACAAGAGCCACAGCCACAAGAAGAGAGCUCGCCACCGCAGUGUAAAACUAAGUAUUCCUUCCGAGUUCAAAAUGCUCAAAGAUCACACUCCCGUUCCCAGAAUAUAUAUGGAGCUCUUUGCCGUGGUAUGCAUUGAAACUAGCCAUUACGUCUGCUUUGUGAAAUGCGGAAGCGGACCCGAUGCCCCUUGGUGCUUCUUUGACAGCAUGGCAGAUCGCAAAGGUGAGCAAAACGGCUACAACAUUCCAGAAGUGGUCCCCUUUGCUGACUUGAGGUGGUGGCUCUCUGAGGAAGGAAUGAACUUUCUGGUGUCCGCAAAGGAAGACAAGGUGCUACCCGAGAUCACCAGGAGGCUGCUAUGUGAUGCCUACAUGUGCAUGUACCAGAGUCCAGAUAUUAUGAUGUAUCGUUGAAGAAUCUCUCAUGUGUUUAUUUUAUUAUUAAAGUGUUAAUUCGUUUUGUUAA